AAUGCAGUACCUGAUUGUUAUUCCCGAUACCGUCGAAAAAAUGUCAUUUGUCCAGGAACAUGAGCGUCUGCCAGGAUUCGACUUUUUGGAAAUCAAAAAACGAGUAAAUAGUCCGGUAAAAGUCUUGGUUACUGCAGACCAUGCAAAGUCAUUCAAAAGUGCUCUCGAUGCAUACGAAAUCGAGUACACUGUCAUUUUGGAUGACUUGAAUGCAGUACGUGGACUUUUGAAUCAAGAUCAAGCAUUAAAGUUGUCGUUGAUAAACCGUCCAACAUCCAAAACCUACUCUUUUGACUUUUUCCCUCGCUAUAAUCAGAUUGUACAGCAUCUGAAAUACCUUGCCCAAAAACAUGAACACGUCACAUUAAUUGAAAUCGGUAAAUCUUAUGAAAACAGAAGCAUUUAUGGAGUGAAAAUUUCAUCUAGUGCCACGCCAAAGCCCAUUGUUCUCAUCGACGCUGGAAUUCACGCACGUGAAUGGAUUGCACCAACUACUGCUUUAUACACGAUCACACAAUUGGCCGAAAACAAAACCAACUCCAAUCUUUAUAAAAAUGUCGAUUGGUUCAUUAUCCCUUCGUUAAACCCUGACGGAUAUGAAUUCUCGCACACAGAUUACCGGAUGUGGAGGAAAACAAGGUCUGUAAACAACUUCAGUUCCUGCUAUGGAGUAGACGCGAACAGGAAUUUUGGCCUGAAAUGGAUGACUGUUGGAGCAUCCAGCAAUCCCUGCAGCGAUACCUACGCAGGACCUAAACCAUUUUCUGAACCAGAAACUCAGGCUCUGCGCGAUUUUGCAUUAUCAAAGAAAGGGCUUGUCAAAGCUUACUUGACGUUACACUCAUAUGGCCAGUAUUUUCUACACCCAUGGGGUUAUACAUCUGAUUUACCAGAAAAUGCGCCAACACUUCGAUAUGUCGCCGAAAACGCAGCCAAAGCCCUAAAAUCAGUAUCCGGUACUCACUACGUUAUUGGCUCAUCGACUAACGUCUUAUAUGCUGCUGCUGGUGGAAGCGAUGACUGGGCAAUGGGAGUUGCCGGAGCUGAUGUUUCAUAUACCAUUGAAUUGCCAGGAGGAGGAAUAUUCGGAUUCAACCCUCCACCCAACAGAAUAUUACCAGUUGGAAUUGAAACAUUUGAGGCUAUAAAAUCCAUUGGUUCCUACGUCGGAACAAGAUGGGGACAACGAUACUGAAGUUCCAUUUUUGUGAUAUCGUAUGUAAUGUGAAGUCUUAAUAAAGAAGCAGGUUACCUUUU